UACUUUUUCUCAGUUCAAAUGGACGACAAACCAGAAUGCAGUCGCGAUAUACAGUCCAAGAAAUCAGAAAAAAGUAUAGAAGACGAACAACCAACGAAUUCAAAGGCCCCAACAAAGACAAUACUUCCAAAUAUCAAUAAUAUAUUAACAACAGACCAAACAAUAUGUAUACUAAACAAAAUACCAUCGAACGUCUUUAUAAAAGAGCAGCCGACUGUAUCACUAGACCAACCAAGAAGGUCUCAAAUUGGAACACCAGAUGAGGAAUCCCAUUCACCACAAGCACAGACAGAUAAAAUAAUAUCUUUACAAGCACCGACAGAGCAAUCGCUUGUAAUAAAAGAUCAACCGAAUUUACCGAAAUAUCAAACUGUAGCAAGUGGUCAACAAGUUAUAUCAACGUUAGGAAACUCUUCAGGGCGCAGAUCACCUGGAAACUUGGAGUCAGGAAUCCCUUUUUGCCUCGCAAGAGUAGCAUCAACAACUCUUUCGUACAGUAGAAAUAAUUCGUAUCUAAGUUCGUUCGGGCCAUUGAUAAUUCGAUCGUCAACACAAAGUCCGAUUACAACGCAGCCUCUGUCUCAGUUACCUCUACCUACUUCGGUUGCAGUUACCGCUCAACCGCAAACCCUAUUUUUACAAGCUCUGUCAAAACUUAAAGAAAGUUCGUUGACAUUAUCCGUUUUAAGUAAUUUAAGGCUCCUUCAACCAACUGCGAAUGGGAGUAAAGUUAUAAAUCUCGGGUUAAAUUCGGGAGAUAUAACUCCGCCGGAUUCUCUGACUAGUGCGCCACCGUCUUAUUCGUUUGUGUUGAGGCAAAUGGCGAUUCGUAGGAGACCACGGUUCAUGGGAACCUUUUUCCCAUCUCCUUCUUUCGUUCUACAUACUCCUCCUCCUACUUAUACCACAGCAUUUGAUGUUUACAUAGAGCCUGCCCUUCCCCCGCCUCCAUCGAGAGUAUAUACCUUCGGGUACACUUCAAUGCCAAUGGUUUGCCCUGAAUGUGGUUACACCGGCAUGACAGUUAUUACAAGUCGAAUUACUAUAUGCACGCAUUUAUGUGCGUUUCUUUUAUGUCUGUUAUGCUGUUGGAUUUGUGCCCCCUUGCCCUACAUUUUGAAAUCAUGUAAAGAUGUUUAUCAUUAUUGUAGAAACUGUAGAAGUUUUUUAGGAAUGUAUUGUCCCACAAAUCCGGAAAGUGUGUAUCAGUAAACUAAAAUGUACUGUAACAAUUAAUUUAUAUCAUAUUUUUUAUUUUUAUGGCUUAAUCAUGUAUUACGUAGUAUUUUUUAAAUUAAAAUAUGGUAAUUGUUUUUUAGUUUGUUUUUUCAAGAUCGAUUUGUAAUCGAUAUCAAAACGAAAUCAAGUGAUGAAGCA